CGUAUGUACACAUUGACCUGUGUGAAGUGUUCAUGUGCUGGUAGACCGUUGACCCAUUUUCUUCAUCUGAAGCUCAUCAUCAAGGUUUGCCUCAACCUAAAAUCUUCAUCCUAUUCCGGGAGUUUUAAGAAAACUCGUAUUCGAGUUAUCCUGCUUUAAAAAACGUACUCAACAUUCUAAAGGUACAAUCUGUAUUACUCGUGCAAUUAUUUCCCGCUGGCUGCAAAAGGCUUCUUAUUCCAUUGCAUUUCAAGUUUGAUUGAAGAACUUGAAAGCCCCCAGUCGAUGCUUUGUAUGUUAAAGUGUUCCGUGUGAAGAUGCAAUCUUGAUGUAAUUAUUCAGCAGUAAGAGUCGAUCGAUUUUAUUCGUUAGAUUUUUAAUCAUUUCACUGGCUUCGGGAUCACCAACCCUUCGGGAUCAGGGAAGGUCGGACGGUGCUCCCGCCUCUCUCUUUUCGGACGGAGGGAGUUUCCUUCUGAAUCAGCUGCUAAACGAGGGAAUAACAACUGUUGAAAAGGUACUCAUUGCAAUAUGAAGCCCAUCAUUUGUGGGAACCUGGAUUCAUUUGCUAGAUUUGUUAUGAGCAUGAAGAAUUAGUUGGAUUUGAAUGUAUAUAUUGUAAUGGAAAACUACAACUCUCAGUCUCCCUACCCUAAUGGUAAUAAUAACUCAUAUGGGCAUACUCAAUCUUACCCUCCUCCAAAUCAACCUUACCCUCCUCCUCCAAAUCAACCCCACCUUCCUCCUCCAAAUCAACCUUACCCUCCUCCUCCCAGUUCCGGGGCAUAUACACCCCCAUACACAUACCCUCCUCUCUAUCCCCAGUAUCCACACCCUUACACCUCUUCACAUUCUGGACAUCUUAACUACCCUCCUUCAGCUCCUUCUACUAGUGGAUACCACCAAUCUGGUCCUGUAGAAUAUGGGUAUGCCCCACCACCAUCACAACCAUAUCCCCACCAUGGCUAUAUGCCUCAACUUCCUCCUCCAACUUCUUCCCCUCAACCUACCCUUCAACAUCAUGGCAGUUUCGGUUAUGAUUCAUCUCACCACUAUCCUCGAUCAAUUCCUCCACGUCCAUUAGACAGUCACCCAUCAAGAAUCAAUAUUAGUUCAUUGUCGAGUAUUAGUAGUGUGACACACUUUGAUCAACCUGUUAACCCUUCGGGUUACCCACCCGUGGAAGAUCUGCUAGCAAACAUGCAAAUGUCAGAGACUCGUCCUUUAGGACCUAAUCCUCAUCCAAUGUACCACUCGGGGCCAAUAUAUGGGCAUCCUAAUUCCUCCUUUUCUGGCUGCGAGGCAUCUUCUAUACAAGAUGAGUCAACUCCUCAUCACUGCCCUUCACACUCAGACUCAUUUUUGGAAAUGAGUUCAAAUAAUCAGAGUCUCCAAAUUGUUCCAGUCACACCUUCUAAAGGAUCUUUGAAGGUUUUUUUACUACAUGGGAAUCUGGAUAUUUUUGUCCACGAAGCAAAAAAUCUCCCAAACAUGGACAUGUUUCACAAAACAAUAGGAGACGUGUUUAACAAAUUGCCUGGUAAUGUGAACACAAAGAUAGAAGGACAUAUGAGUCAGAAGAUUACAAGUGAUCCCUAUGUCACAAUUUCUGUGGCAGGCGCAACCAUUGGGCGGACUUCCGUGAUAAGCAACAGUGAAAGCCCCGUUUGGAAGCAACAUUUUAAUGUCCCGGUUGCACAUCACACUUCUGAAGUGCACUUUAUUGUGAAGGACAGUGAUGUGGUUGGUUCUCAGCUUAUAGGAACUGUGGCAAUCCCAGUGGAACAUAUAUAUGGUGGGGGGAAAGUCGAAGGGUCUUUUCCAAUCCUUACCAGCAAUGGGAAACCCUGCAAGGCGGGAGCCGUCUUAAGUCUCUCCAUCCAAUACACACCCAUGGAGCGAUUGAACAUUUACCAUUGUGGGGUUGGAGUGGGACCUGAGUAUAACGGGGUUCCAGGGACGUAUUUUCCGCUAAGGAAGGGUGGAAACGUCACUCUUUACCAAGAUGCACACGUGCCCGAUGGGUUCCUACCGAAUUUGGGACUCGAUUUCGGGCGGCAGUAUGUGCACGGAAAAUGCUGGCGUGAUAUAUUUAGUGCGAUACGCAGUGCAAGGAGGUUGGUGUAUAUAACAGGAUGGUCAGUGUGGCACAAAGUAAGACUGGCAAGGGAUGAUCGUUCCAUGGAAGGGUACACAUUGGGUGAGCUGCUGAAGUCAAAGUCACAGGAAGGGGUGAGGGUUCUGCUUCUCGUGUGGGAUGACCCUACGUCAAGGAGCAUUCUUGGUUAUAAAACGGAUGGAGUCAUGGCAACCCAUGAUGAAGAAACUCGCCGCUAUUUUAAACACUCUUCGGUGCAGGUGCUUCUUUGUCCCCGUGCAGCUGGGAAGCGUCAUAGCUGGCUGAAACAAAGGGAAGUUGGAGUAAUUUAUACACACCAUCAGAAAACUGUGAUAGUUGAUGCCGAGGCAGGAAACAACAAGAGAAGAAUUGUAGCAUUUGUUGGAGGACUUGACUUGUGUGAUGGGCGAUAUGAUAGUCCUGAGCAUCCCAUUUAUAGAUCUCUCCAGACUCUCCACUCAGACGACUACCAUAACCCCACAUUUGUUGGGAGUGUUGCUGGUUGUCCUAGAGAACCAUGGCAUGAUUUGCACUGCAAAAUCGAUGGUCCAGCAGCAUAUGAUAUUCUGACAAAUUUUGAAGAGCGUUGGUUGAAGGCUUCAAAGCCUCACGGAAUUAAAAAAUUGAAGAUUUCAUAUGAUGAUGCGUUGCUCCGGAUUGAAAGAAUGCCUGAAAUUUUGGGUAUAUUUGAUAUCCCAUGUGUGAGUGGUGACAGUCCGGAAGGUUGGCAUGUUCAGGCAGAUCUUUCGUUCAAUAGACUCUAAUUCUGUCAAAGGCUUUCGUAAGGAUUCUAAAGAAGCGACAAUGAAGAACCUGAUGCGCGGAAAAAAUGUGCUUAUUGAUAUGAGCAUACACACAGCAUAUGUGAAGGCCAUUCGUUCUGCACAACAUUUUAUCUAUAUCGAAAACCAAUACUUCAUUGGCUCUUCUUACAACUGGAGUCAGUAUAAUAAUCUUGGUGCUGACAAUUUAAUUCCAAUGGAAAUUGCACUUAAAAUUGCGGAUAAGAUAAGAGCACACGAAAGAUUUUCUGUGUAUAUUGUCAUCCCGAUGUGGCCAGAGGGUAAUCCAACUGGUGCUGCUACCCAAAGGAUUCUUUUCUGGCAGAAUAAGACAAUGCAGAUGAUGUUUGAGACUAUAUACAAGGCCUUAGUGGAGGUUGGACUUGAAGAUUCAUUUUCUCCUCAAGAUUAUUUGAACUUCUUCUGUCUUGGAAACCGUGAAGCUCUUGAUGCUGGUGAUGUGCCAACCACCACUGACAAUCCUGCAGCUGCAAAUAGUCCCCAGGCACUGAGUAGGAAACACAGAAGAUUCAUGAUCUAUGUGCAUUCUAAAGGGAUGAUAGUAGAUGAUGAGUACGUGAUAUUGGGGUCUGCUAACAUCAAUCAGCGUUCUCUGGAAGGGACGAGAGAUACGGAGAUUGCAAUGGGAGCUUACCAACCUCAUCACACAUGGGCUAGAAAACACUCAAAUCCCCAUGGACAGAUAUAUGGAUAUAGGAUGUCUCUAUGGGCUGAGCAUCUUGGAGUUGUAGAAGACUGUUUCACACAACCAGAGUCUCUAGAAUGUGUGCGCAGAGUGAGAUCGAUGGGAGACGCAAAUUGGAAGCAAUAUGCAGCGGACGAGAUCUCAGAAAUGAGAGCCCACCUACUGAAAUACCCCGUUGAAGUAGAUCGCAAAGGUAGAGUUAAACCUCUCCCUGGAUGUGAAAACUUCCCAGACGUGGGAGGUAGUAUUGUUGGAUCUUUUCUAGCCAUCCAGGAAAAUCUCACCAUAUGAUCCCUCCAGUUUUUUUCUUUCUUCACAUAAAGUUCAAAGAUUUUUCUGUAAUUGUAAAAGUAUUGUACCCGGGGUUGACACUUGACAAAAAUUGCAUUUGUGCGGUACUGUAUACUCGGG